AUUACGCGUCGCGCGUGUGAAACAUUGCGGUCACUGACUCAUGUUUCUUUUCUUUAGUUCGACUUUUCUUAUUUUAAACUUCAAAAUGUGUUUUUGUUUUUAUUAAUAUUAGACAAAUGCAUUCAGAAAUCGUUUACGGUAGUGAAGCUUACUGUGUUGUAAUUUGAAAGCGAGUGAAACUGCAGCAAACAGUUGCAUUGCACCUGCUCUGUUUUUUUAACACAGACGGAAAUACACAACAAGCUCUACCAUGGCAGAAAAAAAGAUUCAAGAGAACCCCCUGCCCGAGCCAGCAGAGCCUGCCCAACCCAAGCCAGAGCCAAAGCCCCGCUUCUGCAUGCCGUCAUUCACCAAGACACCGCCCCAGGACUUGUACAGGCAGUUACUGCCUGCUAUGCUGUUCUUGCUGACGUUUGUCACAGUUAUGACAAUGCUGCUGACAUAUAUGGACACUUUUGCGAGAGGAGCCCAGCAGUUCCGCUUGAAUAUGAGUCGCGAUUACGAGCUAAAGAUCCCUCAAGAAUCCGACUACUUAGUGGCUUACGUGCGCCAAUGGCAUCUCGGACCGCGCCCCAACAAGGAGACGCCGUCGCCCAUCUACACUGACCAGGCCAAAGUUCUAGAUCAGCUGCUUGGAGAGGUGUACAACGGCACAUUCGUGGAGAUCCUGCCCCGCGGGCAGCGCGACGCCACCACGCUGUACCUGGAGGCGGCGCGCGGCUGGCGCGGGCUGGCCGUGCGCGCCGCGCCCCGCGACCACCUGGAGCUGGCGGGCGCGGCCAGGACUCUCAACGCUUGCCUUAGUCCUCUAGAUCAUCCUAUACAGGUUCCAUUCAACGAAUCAGAUGAACACGAUACUUUCUUUAGGUCGCGCGUGCUGUGCCUGCCGCUGUACACGGUGCUGCUGGCGGCCGAGGCCACGCGCGCGCACUACGUGCUGCUGGGCGGCCCGCCGCACCUGCACCACGUGCCCUUCCACAAGGUGCAGCUGCAGGUGAUCGAAUACCGUUCUAAUGACGCCGGCGCCAGAAACCAGACGGCGCAGUUCCUCCUCUCCAAGAACUACACCGUGGCCGCCACCUUCCCGGACUCCAUCAUGUUCGCGCUCAACCACUGAGUGAGUUUAUAACAGUCGAAUCGCAUACAUAUGGAAAACUAACCAAUAGCGAAGGUGAAAUGAUUGAUGGAAAUAUUUCGUUGAUCUAUCUAUAAGAUCAAAUGGUUUUAGAAAAAACACCAAUUAUCCAUUUGUGUCUGUGUUUGGUGAUGUCUCCUGGGUUACCCUCGAAAUGUAUCAUUUAAAGAAAUCUAACGUCCACUUUAAACAUUGCAGUAUCUUAAAUGGCAGCUUUAUGUAGCUUCAUAGUUGUCUCCUGGGUCACGGAGCGAAAUAGCAAAAAAAGUUGGUCUAGAAAAUUCUGCUUGAACAUUUGUAUGCGAUUCGACGUUAUGACAAUGUUUUGUGAUCUUUAAUAAUAAAAAUAAAUAGGUAUUACUCUCGAUUGAUAUGAAACUAGACAAGGAACAUUUUCUGUCAAGUGCCUUAGGAUUCACAUAAAAUAGAUUUUACACAUUUUAAUCAAAUCUGUAACUACACCUAACCUGAAAGAUUUCUAAAUACGUUUAAUGUUUUUUUAAACUACAUUUUUAAUAACAGCAUAUGCUAGGUUAUGAAAUAAAAUUCGCUGAAAUUACUCACCAUCAUAAUUAUAAUAAAGCUCAAAAUUUAAUAAAUGCUAUAGUUAUAAUUAAAAAAAAAAUUCGAAGUGUAUAAAGAGCUCUAAGUAACAUUCGGACACCUUAAAAAGUCCAACUAUAAUUUGCUAGACACAAUUUUAAGUACUUGCUCUACAGAUUUGUUUGAAACGUGUACGGCAAAGUAACCAUUUGUGGAUCUUAUUCUAUACGAAAUAAAGUCUAAAAUGGUCACUUGUGUUACAUAAACGGCAGCUACGUUGCUCAUUGAUUUACGAUAAUCACAUGUUAAGUCACGUUUAUUGAAUGCACAUUAAUAUUAAUUAAAUCGUGGAAAGUAUUAUGGAGUUAUAAGAUUUUAAAAAAAUACCGUUUUGGUAUACAAUAUUAAUGACACUAUCAUAUUUCUGAAAACAGUAGGGCUAAGAUGGUCGGCUCUUUAUCAUUUGUCACCAUGUCUGUCACGUUCUAACAAAUAUGUAAGCGCGAAAGUGACGGGUAUAAUGACAAGUGAUAAAAAUGGAACCAUGCUGCCACCGCUGAUACUAAAAAUUCGCGUUUAUUAAUACGGAAGGGGACAGCGUCACACGACCGCUUCUCCAUAUAAACGUAGUCCCCGUUUUCUUCUGGAUUAAUAUUAUAAUAAAUAUUUUGAUGCAGUUUGUUUUAUAUUAAUUUUUUAUUUUAUUAUCUGAAUUAGGAACUUACUAUUUUUUAUGGAAUUUGUUUUUCGCCUCAACUCUUGAAAUAAUCAUUA